AUGUCGUCGUCGCAAAACAACAAAGUGUCUUUAAACACGACGACACUUUUAGCGUUGAACUUGGUCCAAAAUAAGAAACUGCUUCUUACGAACGAAGGGCAAAGAGAAGAAACAAAAGAGACAAAGAGGAAGAAGAAGAUAAAAGUUGAACAGGAUGGUGUUCUCGAACGAGCGAACAACACUAAUGGAAUUGAAACGCCGUCAUCUCUGUUGUCACAGCUGACUGGCGAAGCGCGUUUGCUCGAACGACGCCGACGACGAGAACAAAGGAACGAAGAGAGGAAGCAACGAAUAGAAGAACGCAAAAAGAAUACGUCGCCGCAGAAAGCGACGACCCGAUUGGAUCCAUCAACAUGGUGUACUUUAGAAGGAAUGGUUGGGGGUCGCGUCCUUCAGCCGCAAGAUCGCGUCGUGCAUAGAAAGAAGCGCGUAGAAGUUGCUGAGAUAACGACGCCGAGAAAAGGACGGAGACCGUGGAGCAUGAAAAACGACGACACGCACUUGAAGAUGUGCAUGUACGCGACAACGUCAUCGACAUCAACAUCGUCAUCAUCAUCGUCGUCGUCGUCGAUGACGACAUCUAAAACGACCUACUCGAAAGGACCCAUGUUUGCGCUGUUACAACCAUUAGCUGUUUCUUGA